AUGGAAAGCAAUAUAGAAAUAAGAAGACAGAUUAUUCCAGGACAUUGCCACUACCCAGAUCCUUCUAAUACUCCCACCGGUUUACAAAGGGUACCAGGAAUAAUUCUAAUAGCUUCACCUACAGAUCGAUCGGUUGUAUUCAGAGUGACCGUAUUUGACAGCACAAGAAAACCUACUUAUAAAAGCUUGUCUAGAUGGCAUGCUGAGCUUAGAGAAUACCGGCCUGAAAUACCUUGUCUUUGUGCUGCAAAUAAAAUUGAUGCUAAUCCAACUGUUGUUAAAAAAUCGUUUAACCUGCCACAAAAAUUGAAAAUGCCCAUGUAUUUUGUAUCUGCAUCGGAUGGAACAAAUGUUGUAAAGCUGUUUAAUGAUGCCAUUAAAAAUGCUGUUUUAUACAAGAAAAAUCCAACUGACUUUUUUGAUAAAGUGAUGCAAGAGCUUGAGGCUCUGGAUACUGGAAAUGAAAGUUUUGAUACAAGUAUGGACUCAUUUGAUACUUUUGGUGAUUCAACUGACAGUUCUAACAUCGUAAAAAUGGAUUGCAAAAUAAAAUAA